AUGGGAGACCUCGAAAGGGCGAUCGGGUGCAAGGUGCCGCGCGUCGGCCGUCUGGGUAGCGUCGAUUUGGCCUCACAUGAUCAGGAGAACAUCUCCGCGAGGGUACGCGUGGACGUGCGUUUCUGCGGACUAACUAGCGGCGAUGUGCUCCUGUGGAGCGGCGAGCACCGCAGGCUCCCGGAGCCCGGCAUGGUCCUUGGCUCCGAGAUGUCCGGCACGAUCCUGGAAAUGGGCGGACUAGCACACGAGCGGACAGGUUAUCAGGUGGGCGAGGAAGUGGUCGUGCACAACUAUCCCGUCUGCGGCGGUCUCGCGGAGAGCUGCCUUGCGCAUUACGAAGACGCAGUGGCCUUCGCGGAUGAUUAUUUCUCGGCGCUGCUGGUGAUAGGCCGUCGAUCUCGCAUCCGGGCCGGCGAGUGCUUUCUCGUUAACGCGAGACAUUCACAUUCUGCCUUGGCCGUCAUCGAUGUCGCUGUUCACGUGUUCGGAGCGAAGCCGAUAGCUAUAUGCCAUGACGUGAGGCAAGCCGAAUUGUGCGGCGAUCUCGGUGCGACAGUCGUGUUGGAGGAUGAGAACGAGCGGUGCUUACUACGCAAGCUAAGGGAAAUUAAUGGGAGAGAAGAAGUGCGUGUGUUGAUCGAGACCCAAGGCGGGCCGUCUUUUCGGAACAUCGUAAAACAUCUGGAACACGACGGCCUAGUUGCUUUUCUCGGUUACGCUCGGGACAGACGGUGUCCCGAUUUGAACUUCCCGUUGUCGAACUACACGGUAUUCGCGGUCGUCCCGGAACAUUACAAAGUUGCUGACCCGUUGGUUUACAGGGAGACUAUGCAGCAGCUGUUGGACUACCAUGCGGAAUGCGCGAUUCAUCCCCGCGCGUCAGCGAUUUUCGGUCUGCAUCGUGUCGACGAGGCAUUCAACUAUUACACGACGGUGCCGGGUAGAAAAGUACUGAUAGACAUGAAGGACUGCAAUCGAUUAACCUUCUGACGCAAACUCUAACAAGCGAGGAUCCGGAAGUGUCUCUCGCUGAUUUUGAUGAGUGUACACACAGAAAAACAUGUGCUGCACUCAAGUAAACGCUAUCUGUUUCAAGUAUUUCAUAAGUUUAUAUAUCCGCGAGUCUAUCAUCGUAAAAGUUCAUCGUAAGCAUUAA